AUGCAGCGGUUUAAAACAUUGAACAGCUACAGCGAGGAGGAAGCAAGUCUGCGCCUCGCGACCUACAGGAAGAUCAUCGUUGUCCGCGACCCGUUGGAGAGGUUGGCGUCUGCGUGGACCAACAAAUUCGUGUACAUGCCAAAACGUAACGGAUAUUGGGGUUGGGUCAAGAGUUUAAACUAUUAUCUGAGAAUCUACCGAGAGCGCAAACUACCAGACAAGAUUAACUACGACUUCAUAGCCCACACGGACACGAUCGCUUCAGAUGUUCGACUUUUCCUAAAGAAGAACAACAUCACAGCGAAUGAAGACAUUCUGCCGGAACAGCGGCAGAGACAAGCUAACGAUGACAAUGUUUUCGGGGGCAUUUACGGCCAAGUCCCGAUAGAAGACAUACUGCCUCUCCGGGACAUCUUCCAGGAGGACUUUGACAUGUUUGGAUACUCCUUCGAACAGGAUUUGGCAAAGAUACUAGAAGAAAAGGCAAAGGUGUAGCCGAUGCGAGAAAACGUCUUCUUGAAAUUGAUUUAGUUUAGCAGAUAUGAGAACUAAGACGCGCAGAUUAUGAAACUGUGUGACACUUUGGCAAAUCUCAAUAGAAGUUCACAAGCUAGUGUCCUGAUCUGUCCUGAAAA